AUGGAAGACGCGAGAAAAAACAAGCAAGUAGAGAAGGACGUCACUCCGAAAAAGGUUGUUGAUCAGAAACCCAAAGUGCCAGAGCCCACUCCCGCUAAGCUCAGUCCCGGUCCAUCUCAUCACAUCCAUCCCACCAGCCCUACGCUGUCCCCCUUCUCUUCCUACUCCUUUUCAUCUUCUUCUCCUCCUUCUGGAAAUGGCAAGCGCCCCCCAGCGGAGGCCAGCUCCCGUCUCAGACUCCCCCUCAGCAGCAGUGUCAGCCGUCCUCUGCCAGUGCUCGACACCCACCCAGAGAGGUGCCCCCACGCUUUCGUCAGCAAGAGCAUAAGCAGCUACUGA